CUCACCAGAAAGCAAGGCCUUCUGCUCCAGGGGAAGGCAGGAGGGCCACGGGCAGGAGAACGGGGCCUCUGCCCCACCCCUAGCCUUGGCCUCUGAGAACCCGAGAUCUGAGCAGUGGUGGACACUGUACUGGCUAUUGCACGUCGCCAUGGACCUUGAAGGCCUGCCGCUCCUGCUGCCCCCCACCACGCUGGCAAACCUGGCAGACAGCUGGCUCCGAGAGGACUGCCCGGGCCUCAACUUGGCAGCCAUGGUGACCGGGGCCACCCCUUCGCAGGCUGCGCUGUGGGCCAAGUCCCCCGGGGUCCUGGCAGGGCGGCCUUUCUUCGAUGCCAUCUUUGCUCAGCUCAGCUGUCAGGUGUCCUGGCUUCUCCCGGAGGGAUCAAAGCUGGCACCUGUGGUCAUGGUGGCCGAGGUCCGGGGACCAGCCCAGAACCUGCUGCUGGGCGAGCGGGUGGCCCUGAACAUGUUGGCCCGCUGCAGUGGGAUCGCCACGGCGGCUGCCACGGCUGUGGAGGUCGCCAGGGGCACCGGCUGGACCGGGCAGGUGGCCGGCACGCGGAAGACCACGCCGGGCUUCCGCCUGGUGGAGAAGUAUGGGCUGCUGGUGGGAGGCGCCGCAUCCCACCGCUACGACUUGGGAGGGCUGGUGAUGGUGAAGGACAACCACGUGGUGGCGGCUGGCAGCGUGGAAAAGGCAGUGCAGAGGGCCCGGCAAGCCGACUUCACUCUGAAGGUGGAGGUGGAAUGCAGCAGCCUGCAGGAGGCCUUGCGGGCGGCAGAGACUGGGGCAGACCUGGUACUGCUGGACAACUUCAAACCUGAGGAACUGCACCCCACAGCUGCAGCACUGAAGGCCAGGUUCCCGAGCGUGGUUGUGGAAGCCAGUGGGGGUGUCACGCUGGGCAACCUCCCCCAGUUCUGUGGGACCCACAUUGAUGUCAUCUCCCUGGGGAUGCUGACCCAAGCUGCCCCAGCCCUGGAUUUCUCCCUCAAGCUGUUUGCUGAAGGGGCCACUCCAGUGCCCCAUGCCCACCCAUCCUAAAGUAAAAGCAUGUCACCAUAGUGGCUUGCUGAGACCCUCAAGUCACUUAUGUUUAGGUUCAAUGGUCAAGAAGACACACCUUGUGUUACCAGCUUUUCUACCUCCUGUUUGUGUGAUCUGCCAGAGUUGACUUUAAUUUUGCCAAUCUUAGUUCCUCAUUUGUAAAAUGGGCUUAACAAAUGCUCAAUUUAAGAGGCUUUUUCACGAUGACUACCACAUAGUCAGUGGUCAGUAAAUGUUAGAAAUUUCCAUAAUUCAUCUAUUUUAAGGUGUACAGUUUCAAACACUGCCUUCUAGGAAGAGAGCCCCUUUAACAGAUAGGCUUUCAAGCAAGUUCACAGCAGACAGCAGCCAUCAUGGCCCAUCUGUGCAGCUUGGAGAUACGUAACAAGAGAAAACUGUGUUAGAAUAACUCAAAACAGCCGGGCGUGGUGGCGCACACCUUUAAUCACAGCACUCGGGAGGCAGAGGUAGGAGGAUCACUGUGAGUCGGAGGCCAGCCUGAGACUACACAGUAAAUUCCAGGUCAGCCUGGGCUACAGUGAGAUCCUACCUAGAAAAAAACAAAAAGAACAAGACUAACCCCAUACAUCUCUUUCUCUUUUCUUUCUGCAAUUCUAGGGAUGGAAUCCAGGCCUUGGGUGUGGUUAACAUAUAUGCUAACAUGGAGCCACGGCCCCAGCACUUUCUUUUCCUUCCUCCCUCCCUUCCCCUGGAGGCCUCACCUGACCUAGAUAGGAUCUCCUCAUGUAGUCUGCCCUGGCCUUGUACUUCUGGAUCCAGUGAUCUGCCUUGACUACUAAGGGCACAUCAUUGCACCUAGCUUAAAACUGCUCUUUCAGGGGCUAAAGAGAUGGCUUAGUAGCUAAGGUACUUGCCUGCAAGGCCUAAGGACCCAGGUUCGAUUUCCCAGGACCCACACAAAGCCAGAUGCACAAGGUGUCACAAGCAUUUGGAGUUCGUUUGCAGUGGCUAGAAGCCCUGGCAUUCCCCUUCUAUCUGCCUCUUUCUUUCUGUCUCUAAACAAACAAACAAACAAACAAACUAAAUACCAGCUCUUUCAACACAUGUAAAUUAGAAACCAUAAGCAGGGAGGAAACAUUGGUUAUAACUUGAUGGACAGUCCUCUUUUUGAACAAUACAUGUUUUACCAUCCAUGGCAUCUUGGAUAUGAAGGUAUGUAAGCUGGCGUGGUGGCACAAGAAUUCCUAGGUGGGUGGAUCCCAGGGUCUAGCCCUACGGUGUGGUGGUGGUGGAUUUAAGAUUCCAGUAUAAAGAUAUACAAAAUGCCAGA